AUGACCAACACAAACAUGUCAGCAUUGAAGGGCGCUACAGUGCCAAUUCACUUUGGCUCUUUCCUAGUAACACCACAAGUCUUCCACACAACAUCUCUGAGCUAUGCAUUGGUAAAUCUCAAGCCAAUACUUCCAGGCCAUGUCCUCGUAUCGCCGCGCCGUGUCGUCCCUCGCGUUUCAGAUCUGACCCCCGCUGAAACAAGCGACCUCUUCCUAACAGUCCGGCGCGUGGGCAGGAUGGUUGAACGGGUGUAUGGCGCUUCAAGCUUAAACAUCGCGGUGCAGGAUGGCGUGGAUGCAGGACAGAGCGUGCCACAUGUGCAUGCGCAUAUUAUCCCGCGGAAGGCGGCUGACCUAGAUCAUCGGGGUGGGACGGAUGCCGUUUACGAUAUGCUUGAUGGGGAGGAGGGCGAUGUGGGAAAGGCUUUUAAAGAAGCCGGGGGCGAUGAGGCGGAAGUUGAGAAGCCACAAAAGAAAAGCAGGUUCCCUGUUGUGGAUAAUGAGGCGAGGAAGCCGAGGGGUAUGGAGGAGAUGAUAGCUGAGGCGGAGAUGUUGGCGCGGGAGAUGGAGAAAGAGCCGCUCGAUUAA